AUGCGGUGCGCGAACAAGGCAGCUGAGAGCGCGUCUGCACGUCUCUGUGCAGACGCCGAAGCAGAAACCGCUGCAACAGAUGUGUCAUCGGUUGCUAAAGCUUCUCAGCUUGUAUCACUUGGUGAUGCAGACGCUCGUCAUGAAGACACUUAUGUAUUCAAAGAGUAUGAGAUCGGUGUCUCAUACUCUUCUAAUACGGAAGACGGAUCCGUAUCGAAGGCGAUCGAAUCCAAGCCGCCUGCCAAGCGUGGCACGGAUGAUGCUACGCGUCGUAGCAUCUUUGGUUCGUCUGACGAAUCAGAUGAACCAUCGCCAAAGCGAAGACGCUCGAGAUCGCAAGACUCGGGCGCUCACAGUGGUGUCGGUUCUCCAAUUGACACCACUUCGCAGCGAGGUGCCAGUACUUCUGUCGGCACGUCGCGGAAGAGCGGGACCGCAGUGUGUUGCGUCUCGCUCCUGAAAAAGAAAGCAUGGCUGCCUCCAAUGUCAGUCAUGGAUCGCUUUUCGGCGACGACAAGUGAUCGCUAUCGAGCACGAUUGUUCGAUUCAUCCAUCACCUUGACCCCAGUGCGAAAGACUAUCGCACUGAGCAUGAGUUCUUCAUCGAUGCUUUCUUUAACCAUUGAUGGUACAGUGGGAAUCACAAACGUGAUGGUCCCUCACUGCUUAUAG